AUGCUCGGGCACUAUGAGGCUCGCCGCCGCCGCUCCGAGUGGCCCGAGAGCGUGCGCCAGGACCCGGAGAUCAAGGAGCUGGACGAGGAGAACGGCGAGUGGGUCCUGUGCCGCACUUGCGCGGAGCAUUACGAGCGGACGCGCAGAGGCCGCAAGCCCAAUGACCCGAGGGGGUUCAAGGUCAAGAUGAACGGCAGGUUCCAGGAGGCCGCGUGGGUGAUGCACAAGAGCCGCGUGGUGGCCCACAAAGGCGCCCCGGAGGUGAAUGCGGAGACGCCCGAGGAGCUGCAGCGACGACUGGAGCGCAGACGCGACAUCGAGAUGGAGAUGGAGGCUCGACGCAGCGCCCCAAAGCGAUCCAGAGUUGCCAGCAUUGCCCAGUUGGUCCACUUGCCCACGACUGGGUGGCGCUGCCCAGGCAUCGUGCCGGACGCCUUCUACCGCGAGCACAUGGAGCUGGUCCACGCGUUCGCAAAGUACUAUGUGGGGUCGUAUCGCGUGAACGUGGUGCGGGACCUUCGCUCGGACAAGGUGAUGCUGUAUUCGCAUGACUGCGAGAAUGAAGUUGUGCACCGCGAACGGCCAGGUCAACCUGAUUCGUGUGAGAGGUGCUACGCUGUGUGGCUGGAUAAUAAGAGUUUCAAGAGGAUUCUGAAGAAGAUGGACCGAUACGUGCUCGUUGAGGAUAUCCUGCGUCGUUCUUGGAGCCUUUCAGGAGACGAUCUCUCAGCGCUGUCGAAGUUUAAGCACUCGAGCGAUAUGAACCUAAAUAUUGAAGGGCGAAAGCUGAAGCAAGCAGCUAUGGCGGCUCUCCAGCACUUAGGUGGACCAGCCAAGAGCCCAGCAGCUCGCAGCCUUAGCUCUGUUAGAUCAAAUGCGACCUCGACGCGAAGUGAACGCUUUGAGCGAGUCCAGCAGCCGCUGUCGAUGGAAGUGAUGCUGCAACUGCAGUCCUUAGACUCGACGAUGCAUGUCGAAGCAACUAACGCGACGGUGUCCGAAUCGUUACCAAGUCAAGAUGGGAGCACGCAGGAGCUCGCUUCACCAAAUGGCUACCUCAUCCAUCCAGGCACCGCGGCUUCGACAGUGGUUGACCGGAUUCCGUCCCCACGCGAUGAAUAA